CAACAUUCAACCAAAGACUAAAAAGAGAGUAAAACAUGCUGAAAAUGUCGGCGAUGAACAGAAAAUUAAUUCAAAACCUCGCCGAGACUUUAUGCAGACAAGUCAAACAUUUUAAUAAAACAGAGACGGAGUGUCUGAUAAGGCUGUUCAACAGUCUGCUGGGAGAGCAGGCAGAGAGAAAGACGACUAUUGGAGUGGACCGGGCCAAAUUCAGAAAUAUACUGCACCACACUUUCGGGAUGACCGACGACAUGAUGACGGACAGAGUUUGUCGUGUCAUUGACAAGGACAACGAUGGCUACUUAAGCGUUAAAGAGUGGGUUGAGGCUCUGUCUGUCUUUCUAAGAGGCACACUGGAUGAAAAAAUGAAAUACUGUUUUGAGGUGUAUGACCUGAACGGGGAUGGAUACAUCUCACGUGAGGAGAUGUUUCAGAUGCUGAAAGACAGCCUCAUCAGGCAGCCCACCGAAGAGGAUCCUGAUGAGGGGAUUAAGGAUAUUGUGGAGAUUGCCUUGAAAAAAAUGGAUUAUGACCAUGAUGGAAGAGUUUCUUAUGCUGAUUUUGAGAAGACGGUCAUGGAUGAAAACCUUUUACUAGAAGCUUUUGGAAACUGCCUUCCUGAUGCAAAGAGUGUACUAGCAUUUGAGCAACAGGCAUUCCAGAAACACGAACACUGCAAAGAAUAACCGGAUUUUGAGGGAAAACAACAAAUUGUCAAACAAUAUUUGAUGCUGAAACUCAAUAAAUAACCAAAACA